AUGAAGUACAAUUACAGAAACGUUUCAGCUGUUCAAUUCGUCAAGAAUGUGAAAUAUCAUUGGACCGUCGAAAAUGUGGCAGACUUUUUGGAGAAAAGGCUGCCGCAUUUGGAUUUCAGUGUGGACACUUGGAGUUAUCAGAGGAAAACUGCCUUGGAAUUAUUGGUAGGUGACAAGACCCGUCAUAGUUCCAGGGACAAGUUAGUGAUGUGCCUUCUUCUGAAGCAUGGAGCAAAUCCUUUGAAAUGUAGGAGCAGGGAAACCAUUAUGCAGAGGAUUUUACGACAUAAGGAUUCUGCCUUGAUCAUCAACUUUCUUAUGUUCGUGAAAGAUAUAAACAGUUUUCAUGGAGGAAGUACUGCCUUACAUAUCGCCGUUAGUAGAAGAUUGAAAGACGUGGUGGAAUAUAUCAUCAGUAGGAACGAGUUAAAUAUUAACAUGAGGACGAAUGGAAAAUGGACAUCUUUACACGAAGCUACAAAAGCAGGAAGGCUAGAUAUCAUUAAAACCCUCCUGGACAAUGGGGCGGACGUAGAGGCCAGAGAUGAAGCUGGGCAAACUCCACUGCAUUGGGCUGUCAGAUUCCGUUCUUCCAUGGAUCUAGUCAAGACACUGGUUGAAAGCGGAGCGGAUGUUAACUCGAAGGAUGAAUAUGGAUGUACACCCCUGCAUAUCCUCUGUACUAAAGGAGCAGGAGUGAAUAUGGAUAUAUUUGAUCUCCUGCUCCAAAAAAUGGACAAUCCAAAUACAGAGGACUCGAAGGGAUCUACACCGAUUCAUAACCUGAUGAGACUCUUACCAGUCAAUUCCCUGCCUAGAAAUAAGAAGCUCAUAGAAUUAUUUUUGAAAUAUGGUGGAAGCUUGAACAAGGAAGACGGUUUAUUUGGUACCGUGCUUCACGUGGCAGCUUGUUCAAACCAUUCUGCGAAUUUUUUGAUGUUCCUUAUGGAAAAGGGAGCCAAUGCGUACAUUUUGAAUGGGGCAAACUUAACGUUCUUGGACUACAUUAUACGGAGCGAUAGGAAGAAAGUGAAAGAAAUCGUGAAAAAUAUGAUUGUCCAGGAGUUCAAGGGAAGAUCCGAUUUGGAUCCCCUACUUUUGAAUUGCGUGAGGACAGACCGUGAAAUCAAUGAAUAUGUUCCAAAUUCUGUCGAUAUUUCCCCUCUUUAUCCGUUGGAAGUUUAUCUCGAAAUUAAAGCUAUUUACAUGCUCUUCUUUCCGGAAUAUGUCCUCAGGAAGUCUAUAAACGAAUUUUCGUUGAACAUCAUGAAGUACAAUUACAGAAACGUUUCAGCUGUUCAAUUCGUCAAGAAUGUGAAAUAUCAUUGGACCGUCGAAAAUGUGGCAGACUUUUUGGAGAAUAGGCUGCCGCAUUUGGAUUUCAGUGUGGACACUUGGAGUUAUCAGAGGAAAACUGCCUUAGAAUUAUUGGUAGGUGACAAGACCCGUCAUAGUUCCAGGGACAAGUUAGUGAUGUGCCUUCUUCUGAAGCAUGGAGCAAAUCCUUUGAAAUGUAGGAGCAGGGAAACCAUUAUGCAGAGGAUUUUACGACAUAAGGAUUCUGCCUUGAUCAUCAACUUUCUUAUGUUCGUGAAAGAUAUAAACAGUUUUCAUGGAGGAAGUACUGCCUUACAUAUCGCCGUUAGUAGAAGAUUGAAAGACGUGGUGGAAUAUAUCAUCAGUAGGAACGAGUUAAAUAUUAACAUGAGGACGAAUGGAAAAUGGACAGCUUUACACGAAGCUACAAAAGCAGGAAGGCUAGAUAUCAUUAAAACCCUCCUGGACAAUGGGGCGGACGUAGAGGCCAGAGAUGAAGCUGGGCAAACUCCACUGCAUUGGGCUGUCAGAUUCCAUUCUUCCAUGGAUCUAGUCAAGACACUGGUUGAAAGCGGAGCGGAUGUUAACUCGAAGGAUGAAUAUGGAUGUACACCCCUGCAUAUCCUCUGUACUAAAGGAGCAGGAGUGAAUAUGGAUAUAUUUGAUCUCCUGCUCCAAAAAAUGGACAAUCCAAACACAGAGGACUCAAAGGGAUCUACACCAAUGCAUAACCUGAUGAGACUCUUACCAGUCAAUUCCCUGCCUAGAAAUAAGAAGCUCGUAGAAUUAUUUUUGAAAUAUGGUGGAAGCUUGAACAAGGAAGACGGUUUAUUUGGUACCGUGCUUCACGUGGCAGCUUGUUCAAACCAUUCUGCGAAUUUUUUGAUGUUCCUUAUGGAAAAGGGAGCCUAUGCGUGCAUUUUGAAUGGGGCAAACUUAACGUUCUUGGACUAUAUUAUACGGAGCGAUAGGAAGAAAGUGAAAGAAAUCGUGAAAAAUAUGAUUGUCCACGAGUUCAAGGGAAGAUUCGAUUUGGAUCCCCUACUUUUGAAUUGCGUGAGGACAGACCGUGAAAUCAAUGAAUAUGUGAGGUCGUGUAGGAUUGAACUCUGCUUACUUACUGGCCGUCAACUGGGGAACGAAAAACAAGUAUCCUUAUUCACGGUCUUGUCCUCGGAUGAGAGAACCCUGGCAAAUAUUUUCAGAAAUGCUCUUACCAGGAAUGAAAUGGUCAAAUUUCAUAGGCGAAAAUUUCCUAUGUUCAAGAAAAAAAUUCCUAUUUAUGGGCGGAAUUUGAUUGAUAACUAUAAACUUGGUUUGAAAAGAAUGCAGUCUGAAAAUAUUUUUCACGAUUUCUUAACACGAAUCGUAAUCCAAUUGACAACCUACAAGUUGACAGUUAAAAGGCGGAAGGAGAUAAUGAAGGACCUUCUUCCGAAAGUGAGGGAAAACUGGAACAGAAUGACGGGACAUAUAAGAGGAGUCGAGAAGUUCACCAUGCUGGAGCUGGAGGAUGCCAUCAAAUCUUUGAAAUCGGGCAAAGCCCCCGGUCCCGAUGGCUUAACAGUUGAAGAAUUUAAGGUAGCGUUUCAGAUUGUGCCUGACGACUUACUCGGUAUGUAUAACAGUUCCAAGGGCGUGGAAGAGAGCAUGAGUUCGUUGAACAUCAUGAAGUACAAUUACAGAAACGUUUCAGCUGUUCAAUUCGUCAAGAAUGUGAAAUAUCAUUGGACCGUCGAAAAUGUGGCAGACUUUUUGGAGAAUAGGCUGCCGCAUUUGGAUUUCAGUGUGGACACUUGGAGUUAUCAGAGGAAAACUGCCUUAGAAUUAUUGGUAGGUGACAAGACCCGUCAUAGUUCCAGGGACAAGUUAGUGAUGUGCCUUCUUCUGAAGCAUGGAGCAAAUCCUUUGAAAUGUAGGAGCAGGGAAACCAUUAUGCAGAGGAUUUUACGACAUAAGGAUUCUGCCUUGAUCAUCAACUUUCUUAUGUUCGUGAAAGAUAUAAACAGUUUUCAUGGAGGAAGUACUGCCUUACAUAUCGCCGUUAGUAGAAGAUUGAAAGACGUGGUGGAAUAUAUCAUCAGUAGGAACGAGUUAAAUAUUAACAUGAGGACGAAUGGAAAAUGGACAGCUUUACACGAAGCUACAAAAGUAGGAAGGCUAGAUAUCAUUAAAACCCUCCUGGACAAUGGGGCGGACGUAGAGGCCAGAGAUGAAGCUGGGCAAACUCCACUGCAUUGGGCUGUCAGAUUCCAUUCUUCCAUGGAUCUAGUCAAGACACUGGUUGAAAGCGGAGCGGAUGUUAACUCGAAGGAUGAAUAUGGAUGUACACCCCUGCAUAUCCUCUGUACUAAAGGAGCAGGAGUGAAUAUGGAUAUAUUUGAUCUCCUGCUCCAAAAAAUGGAUAAUCCAAAUACAGAGGACUCAAAGGGAUCUACACCGAUUCAUAUCCUGAUGAGACUCUUACCAGUCAAUUCCCUGCCUAGAAAUAAGAAGCUCGUAGAAUUAUUUUUGAAAUAUGGUGGAAGCUUGAACAAGGAAGACGGUAUAUUUGGUACCGUGCUCCACGUGGCAGCUUGUUCAAACCAUUCUGCGAAUUUUUUAAUGUUCCUUAUGGAAAAGGGAGCCUAUGCGUGCAUUUUGAAUGGGGCAAACUUAACGUUCUUGGACUACAUUAUACGGAGCGAUAGGAAGAAAGUGAAAGAAAUCGUGAAAAAUAUGAUUGUCCAGGAGUUCAAGGGAAGAUUCGAUUUGGAUCCCCUACUUUUGAAUUGCGUGAGGACAGACCGUGAAAUCAAUCAAUAUGUGAGGUCGUGUAAGAUUGAACUCUGCUUACUUACUGGCCGUCAACUGGGGAACGAAAAACAAGUAUCCUUAUUCACGGUCUUGUCCUCGGAUGAGAGAACCCUGGCAAAUAUUUUCAGAAAUGCUCUUACCAGGAAUGAAAUGGUCAAAUUUCAUAGGCGAAAAUUUCCUAUGUUCAAGAAAAAAAUUCCUAUUUAUGGGCGGAAUUUGAUUGAUAACUAUAAACUUGGUUUGAAAAGAAUGCAGUCUGAAAAUAUUUUUCACGAUUUCUUAACACGAAUCGGUGGAAACGAUCUGAGCAUUUACUCAGUGGAAGAAAUAGUAAGACUUUGUCCUACUGAGGAAAUGAUCAAACUGAAACCGAUUUGAUUCCAACGGUCUGCUCCUAUAAAGAGUUUGAUCACUGAAAGAGUAGCGAAUUUCCAAAAUCACAACGCGGACAAUUUUGUGCGGAAUAUUUUAUUCAGUAUUCAUUUGUAUAUUUUCAUUUAUCUCAUUACCAUUUCUUUCAAAUCUGACAUUUUAUAAUUCAUUUAAAUCAAUUAAUUUAUAUAUUAUUUAUUUGAUAUUUAUGUUUUAAAUACUGGUGAGGUUUAAUUUGUGUUGAAACCCUAUUUAUUUCUUUUGUUAACUUAUUUUUAUUCUCUGAUAUAAUAUAUAUUUUGUUAUGAUCCGUUUUCAUUUUCUAUUUUAUAUAUAAAGCGUAAGUC